AUGCUUCAAUACAUUCCGUUCGUCGUUGCUCUGGCAGGCAUGUCGAUGGGCCAGCCGGUGGAGGCAGGGUGCCACGGGCAGCUGCAGCGUCGCGAUAUCCCGUACGGUGGCAUACUGACAUUCGGCAAUCUGGCGGUAGUGCCACAGACGGCAGCACCCUGUGCUCAGAGCACGGCGCCGAAGCCGCAGCGCAAUGGCAAGCUCCUGGGUCUGCUGGACAACCUGGGAUACACACAGCAGGAAGAGCAAGCGACAAUGCCAAUAAACAACCUGCGGAAGCGCACAAAGGACCAGGCCGAGGAGCCCGAGGAGACAUAUGAUAACGGAAAGACAAAAGACAAGCAGCAGGCGGUGGGCGUGGGCAGCCUGAUAGCAUCGGCCAAGGAGCGGGCGGUGGCGUACCGCGAGGACAGCAUGCGGCGGCUAAAGUACUGCCUGGAGUGGGUGACAUAUGCAACGGCGCUGCUGAGCCAGCACAUGCAGGAUCUGCGCAAGUUCUUGGAGUCGCUGCAGGACGCAGCGCGGAUCCUGCUAGGCGGGCAGGCGGGGCAGGAGGCAACGUCGAAUGUGCAGGAGGCGGCAGUGAAGCUGGCGCAGCGGCGGCGCGAGAUUGUGGUGACGGUGAAGCGCGCGGUGGGCAUUAUCAGCCAGUAUGCAGGGUCGGUCCUGCCGGGCGAGGCGCGGCGGCAGGUGCGUGGGCUGAUUCUCAGUCUGCCGGGCCGGUGGAUGACGGUGGACACGGCAGUCAGCGCAACGAGCUCGGUGGCCAGCGACGAGUCGCCCAGCGUGCGGCCCAUGGACACGUCGGGCAACAUCGAGGCCAACGCGCGGCGCACGCUGGCGUUCGCGACCGAGUCGUUCUAUAUGCUGGACAGCGUGCGCAAUGUGUUCCAGAACCUGUAUGCCAAUGCCGAGCGCUGGGUGGGGGCGCCGGCCGAGCAGCCCGAGACGGUGCCGCUGGUGGAGGCCAGGGAGCGGCCGGUGCCGGUGCGGCGGCCGCCGAAGAAGCUGCCGCCCGGGCUGGCAAUGACCCCGGCGGAGGAGCCGUCGGGCAAGCGGCUGUCGACGCAGUCGCUGCAGAGUCGCCCCGGGCCAAUGGACAUUGAUGAUGUAGUGCCGCUGGCGUCGCUGCGGCUCUCGGCCAUGCGGACCACCUACGACGAGGCGGUGGCAAAUAAACGCAACCGCACGCGCGAGCCCUCGCCCACACGCUGA